AUGUCAGAUCAAUGCACCAAGGGCACUAAUUGGGGUGUGGUUUCCAUUGAUGAUAAAAAUUUAUGUAUGAAAUAUAAUCAGAGCAACAUAAUCAAAUUACCAUUGAAAAAGGUGGUGAAUUCGAACACUUAGAAGAAUGAUAUCGUCCUGUAAUUGAGUACAGAUGAUUAUGGAGAAAAUGAUGACAUGUUAUGCGAAGUCAGAUUUUAUAUUCCACCUCAAGAGUAGAAAUUGAAACAAGAAAAGGAAAAGAAAAAAUAAGAAAAUGAGGAAAAUUAAAUCAGCAUGGAGGAAGAGGAAGAUGGAGCAGAUGAAGAUGCUGAACCAACUUUUUAAUAGAAAUUACAAAAUGAAAUAUUAACCAAAGCCAAAAUUGGUUAAAGUAGUGCUGAUUCUAUUCUAACUAUUCAUGAUGUUCCAUUAAUCGUGCCAAGGGGUAAAUAUACGAUGGAUUUCUUUACAAAAGAUAUCAGAUUUCAUGGAAAUACCUAUCAAUUUACAACUGAUUAUAAGGGAAUUUCUAGAUUCUUCUUGUUACCUAUGCCUGAUGAAAUUAACCUUUCUUUUGUAAUUGGUUUGGAACAUCCAUUCAAAUAAGGUUAGACUACAUACAAUUUCUUGGUAAUGUAAUUCAAGAAGGAUGUUGAGAAUGAAAUUAAACUAAAAUACAGUAGACAAAAGUUAGAUGAAAUUGGUUGGAAGGGAAUUAAGGAAGAAUAUUCUGGGCCGCUCUAUGAUAUUGUAUGCGAAGUAUUGGCUGAGAUUACAGGAAUCAAAGUUGUAUCUCCCAAAAAUUUCAAGAGCAAGAAUGGACUAUUUUGUUUGAGAUGUUCCGUUGGUCCUCACUCAGGAUUUUUAUUUCCGUUAGAAAAAUCAUUAAUUUAUUUAUAAAAGCCUGUAUUACAUAUAAAACAUGAGGAAAUUAAAGAAGUCAUUUUCUAAAGAAUUGGUUCGACUAAUUUAAAUAAAUUUUUUGAUGUGAAAAUUGUAUACAAAAACUAAAAUCAACUAUUUUCAGGAAUAGAAAGAGAUGAACUUGACAAUUUGACCUCAUAUUUCUAAUAAAAGAAAAUUGCUGUAAGAAAACUUCAAGAUGAGGUGCCUCAUCUUCCAUUAGAUGAUAGCGAUGAUGAGGAAGAUGACGAUGAUAGUAGAUAAAAGAAGAAGAAUAAGACCAACAUCGAUCCUAACAAUUUGGAUUCUGACGAUGAUGACGAUGAUUUCCAUGCUGGGGAAGAUGAAGAUGAUGGCAGUGAAAGCGAAGGAAGCGAUGAACCAGAAAGUAAUUCCAGAAAUUAAAAAUGAUUAUCCAUUCAUCAGAUCAUAUUCUUUAUAUUCAAUUA